AACAAAUUCAGUGAGAAGCUCUUUGGCGGCACCGCGAAAACCCCAGAGAAGCAGUGCCAUGGAAUUCCAAACUGCGAAACCAAAUGCCAGAAUGCCGAGGAACGAGAAGCUCUCCCUCGAUCACUAUCUUUCUGUCAUCGCUACUCACAAGCAACUCCAUCUCACCGUUAACCUACUCAUCAGAUCAUCGACAUGCACGGAUUCAAGAAAAUCCACAACACUGCAAAGAAAGUUCUGAUCGAUGCAGUGAACUCAAUGGAGCUGAUGGAUCCGAGUCGCUCAACACUAAACGAAGAAAAUGUGUCUUCAUGCGCGCAUAUGACUCUGGAGGAGGUGAUCAAAGACCUGGCGGACCUCAAAUGGCAAGAAUGCUGCGUCACUUCCAUCCAAACCCUAAAUUCGGUGAACUACGACCUGGUCGUACACAACACCGACGCUGAAGCUGAGUCAUCGAAACCGAAGCUUAAACAGAAGACGAGGUCCAGGAAGCGGCGCAAGUUUUUGACACUGGGAGCCGCCGGUUGUGACAGCGCUGCCACAGCCACAGCCACAGCCACCGCCACAGCAGCCGCAGCUCACGGUUGCGGCUACUUGGGAGGCUCAAAUUUGAUCACUGAGACUGAGAGGACGAGGAUAACUAACUUCAACGACGAUGAUUUUGGUGCUACCGGCGGUGACUGUAGUGAGUACUCUUCGACUUUUCUCCCCAUUGCACCUUAUUAGAGAGAGAGAGAGAGAGGGGUAAUCAACUGGACGAAUCGUAUAGAUGGAAACUGCAAUGGUUGUUGUUAGACAGACUAUUAUUGAGAGUGCGUCAGGUGAGCGAGAUUUCAGAGCAGAAUAUCCUUUGUCUGUGCUGGUGUUUUUACAACAGUCCCCCAGGAUU